GUCACGCUUGUCAUGUACUUUUGUUAUUACCUUUCAGAUUAAAACCUUUUCAUAUUAAUUUGUUCUGUACAUGUGUUUUAAGGAAUAAAAUGUUUUAAUCUGAAAAUAAAAUCAGCGCGAAUUCACAGUGAAUCGCAAAGCACUUUCCAUUAAUGUCAUUUGUGCCAAAAGUGAGACAUUUAACUCUUGAAUUUUCUGUAACAGAUGAGUUUCCGGCGGUAGUGUAACUGACUUGACACUCAUCCCACACUGUCGGAACCGGGAGCAGCAACACGUAUGCAGGCGUGAAACAGCUUAGUUUAGGUUUAACAAAAAAAAUAGAUCAAGAUGGUUGGAAAGAUAAAACAUGUCCGUCAGAAGCUUCACCAGGAGGCAGUGAAGCUGGACAGGUCGAGCAGCCUCAAGGUCGCCACCGGCUCUGUGCUGUCUCUGAGGGUAGAGACGCCUCCUGUCCUGGACCUACAUAGUGGUACUCCUCCACUUCUUGUAAACAACAAGGGGGAAAAACAGGCCCUGGCAGAGAGUUCCUUUCCCACUGGAAUCUUUGCUGGCACUAAAAUCACUCCAGAGGCUCUGGUACAAACACUGAAGUUUGAAGAAACUCCAGAUGUAACUAUACCUGCCAAGAAAGGCCCAGAAGAGAAGAGAGCGAAGUCAAAGAAAGAGAAGAUGAAAGAGAGGAGGGAGAGGUGGCUCAACAAGAUUAGCUCCAUCAAGCAAGCUCAGGAGCAACAGGCGGCCGAGGCCCGCAGGCAAGCCACACCAGUGGUUGGAGACCUGAGGCCGCUGGCCGACGCCCUGCCAGAGCUUUGUCAUCUCAUCAGUCCCCCCCCUGCUACAGCCCCCGCUGCUCGCCGCAAGAGCAGGAAAAACAAAGUGCCAGUGAAGAGGCCUGAGCCAACAGAUUUCAGUCAGAUGAAACAGUCACAGAAACGCAAACUCCUAGAAACAGAGAGCAGCCACUUCAGCAAUGUAGUAAAGACCCUCUCUGGCAAAAUGAACCCCCUGGCUGAUAUUGGUGAGCAACUGAGGAAGAGGAUGAGGCAGGAAGAAGAGCAAGGUCCCAGCUAACGGUCGCAGGCUAAAGUGCUUCCACAGACUUAAAGAUUCCUGAAUCCCAGCCUAAGCCUGAAUUGGUUGGGGAGACCCAACUCUGUCCACUCUGGUUAAAAAGGAGGAAGAACCUGAUACCUGUUACUCAGUCUGUCAGUCACAUCUCUCAGCCACUGACUAAAGGAUGCUGGGGAUACUGACUGGUCCCAGAUAAAGAUGCAAAGAUGGGUGGUAUAAAGUUUAGCAUCUGUAAAUGAUGACUUUAACAGAAUUCCUUUAGGUUGAAUUAUCCAGAUUUCCUCUGCAGUAAUAAAUCGCAAUUCUUUCAAACAUCAAAUGUAAUGUGUAUUUUUUUAAGUUGUAUUUGAAUACAUUUCCAGGUGCAUUUACAAAACUUUUAAUAGUAAACAAAUCAGCGCCUACACAAUCAUUUCCACUCAUGUAUUUUCAGUAUCUUCUCAUUUGUGAUGUAUUCAGAACAAGAUGAGCUCCAACACUGAGUGACUCAUCAGCAAUAACCGUAGCAACUCCACUCAUCUAUGGACAUGAACAUUUACACAGGGCAUCACUGAGCCACAAACUUAAUGGAAAUAUUAUCAUCCUGUCAUCAUUAAGCAGAACAACAUCUUAUGGAGCGCUGUGGUAAUCUACACGUGCUGCAUAUCAUGGACUCUACAUGGAUGUGGACCUCGUGGACUAAACAUUUAUGGUUACUCUAUUUGUUAAACUUCCUCCCAGCUCACUGCUGAGGAUUUCAAACUCACCACAGUAUCUUAAUUGAUUUUUUUUCAUAAAAUUAAAUAUGUUUGUAUAGAAACUCUUUCUACCACUUGAUAAUAAAAUCCACCAUCUACAUUUU